GAAGAAGAAGAAGAAGAAGAAGAAGAAGAAGAAGAAGAAGAAGAAGAAGAAGAAGAAAUUAUAGUUUCCUAGGACUUCAACAGGCUUGCCUAGCAUCCACUCAGGGCCGCAGAGUGGGAUGCCUGUGAGGGAAUGUGCUGGAAGCCCAGGGGCCAGCCAAAGUAAAGACCAAAGCUAUUUGUGGAAGGUCUCAGGAGCAGGGAGCAGAGAACUGAAAAAUCCUGGUACAGAUGGGAGCUGAAGGAGGAUCUGUAGAGCUGGGGCGGCUGUCAGCAAAGGCACCAGAGAUGAAUGAAAGGAAGGAUGUGAGCUGUUGCCUACAGCAGGGAGAGGAGACAAGAAUGGAAACGGAACAGGAGUCGUUGAGCUCGAGGUGACUGAGUAUCAGCUUGCUGUCAUAUAAAUAUCAAUUCAGAGUCCAUUACCAUUUUCCAGGCUCUUUCCCUUCCCCUAUCAUUAAUGGCUUCAGACUGAGAUCGCCACUUAGUGUCUGUACUGCUCAGCAGAAGGAACUUCCACACUCCAAUUAGUUGAGAACCUAGAUGAGAAAGAAUUGUCAGGGCAGCAUCUAGCCUAUGAAUUUUAAUUCAUAUUUAACCAAAUGUGAAUCAUGAUUGCUCAUGUUUUUGAAAAUUUCAAAGAGCCAUUGAAGAGAUGUAUGCUUUGUUCCUCUCCUUUAUAUGCGCCCAAGUUCCACCUGAUUAGGUCCCGUCGGUCCAUGGGACAUAGAGGAGCAGUGCAAGACUGUCCACCCCUCUGGGCUGUGGGUCCGCCUUCUGUUGUUGUUCUGUUAUUACUAUAGCAUCUUUUCUCCUGGCUUUCUCCUUCCUUUGUUCCUUCCCCUCAGAUGAAAACAGGAGCAAGAACCAGAACCUUCCAUUAAAAGUGAUCGGAAAGCAAUCUCUUUUGCUUUCUCAGUGAGUAAAUGGGGAAGCUGAAAUUGAGAAACAGUGACGAGUGCCCUGAUUCCAGCCUUGUUACCAUGGGACCGUGGUCUCAUGUAGGCUUGUUCUCUGUGUACCAUAGCUUAUUGUGUUGAUGGCUUAUUUAUUUUGAUCUCUACAGAGGAGCUUUACUUCCAUGGCUCAGGACACACUCCUGGAUCAAGCUCAGAGAACUUUCUGUGUGGACCUAAGCCCCAGGACCCUCGAAAGGGCUGCGGAUGAAGAUGACAAGCGUCCGAUGCAAGCUGGCCCAGUAUCUAGAGGACCUCGAGGAUGUGGACCUCAGGAAAUUCAAAAUGCACUUGGAAGAUUAUCCACCUGAGAGGGGCUGCAUCCCACUCCCCAGGGGCCAGAUGGAGAAGGCCGACCAUUUGGAUCUAGCCACACUCAUGAUCGACUUCAAUGGGGAGGAAAAGGCAUGGGCCAUGGCUGUGGGGAUCUUUGCAGCUAUCAACAGGAGAGACCUCUGGGAAAAAGCUGAGAAGGACCAGCCAGAGUGGAGUGAUGAGCGUGCUUCUAAUCUCACUGUGGUAUGCCAGGAAGACAGCCUUGAAGAGGAGUGGAUGGGUUUGCUGGGAUACCUUUCCCACAUAUCAAUUUGUAAAAAAAAGAAAGAUUACUGUAAGAUGUACAGAAGACAUGUGAGAAGCAGGUUCUACUGUAUCCAAGAUCAAAAUGCACGUCUGGGUGAGAGUGUUGACCUCAGCAAACGCUACACUCAGCUACAAAUGGUCAAGGAGCAUCCCAGCAAGCAAGAGAGGGAGUAUGAACUACUGACCAUUGGCAGGACCAAAAUGUGGGACAGCCCCAUGAAUUCCAUUAAGCUGGAGUUACUGUUUGAGCCUGAGGAUAAGCACACAGAGCCUGUGCACACAGUGGUGUUCCAGGGAGCAGCAGGCAUUGGGAAAACAAUACUAGCCAGGAAGAUUAUGUUGGACUGGGCAUCUGGGAAGCUCUUCAAAGACAAAUUUGAUUAUGUAUUCUUUAUCCACUGUCGAGAGGUGAGCCUCAGGACACCAAGGAGUCUGGGAGACCUGAUUGUCAGCUGCUGGCCUGAUCCAAACCCACCACUGUGCAAGAUCCUGCAUAAGCCUUCCAGGAUCCUCUUCCUCAUGGAUGGCUUUGAUGAGCUGCAAGGGGCCUUUGAUGAGCACAUUGGAGAGGUCUGCACAGACUGGCAGAAGGCUGUGAGGGGAGACAUCCUGCUGAGCAGCCUCAUCCGAAAGAAGCUGUUGCCCAAGGCCUCUCUGCUCAUUACAACGAGGCCGGUAGCCUUGGAGAAACUGCAGCAUCUGCUGGACCACCCUCGCCAUGUAGAGAUCCUCGGUUUCUCCGAGGCCAAAAGGAAGGAGUAUUUCUUUAAGUAUUUCUCAGAUGAGCUGCAGGCCAGGGAAGCCUUCAGGCUGAUCCAAGAGAAUGAGAUCCUCUUUACCAUGUGCUUCAUCCCCCUGGUCUGCUGGAUUGUGUGCACAGGGCUGAAGCAGCAGAUGGAGACCGGGAAGAGCCUGGCCCAGACCUCCAAGACCACUACUGCCGUCUAUGUCUUUUUCCUCUCCAGCCUGCUGCAGUCCCGAGGGGACAUGGAGGAGCAUCUCUUCUCUUCCCACCUACAGGGGCUCUGCUCACUGGCUGCAGAUGGAAUUUGGAACCAGAAAAUCCUAUUUGAGGAGUGUGAUCUGAGGAAACACGGCCUGCAGAAGACAGAUGUCUCUGCUUUCCUGAGGAUGAACGUGUUCCAGAAGGAAGUGGACUGUGAGAGAGUCUACAGCUUCAGCCACAUGACCUUCCAGGAGUUCUUUGCUGCUAUGUACUACUUGCUGGAAGAGGAGGAAGAGGGGGUGGCUGUGAGGAAGGGACCAACAGGUUGUUCGGAUCUCCUGAACCGAGACGUGAAGGUCCUCCUAGAAAAUUACGGCAAGUUUGAAAAAGGCUAUCUGAUUUUCGUGGUCCGUUUCCUCUUCGGCCUUGUGAACCAGGAGAGAGCCUCCUAUUUGGAGAAGAAAUUGAGUUGCAAGAUCUCUCAGCAAGUCAGACUGGAGCUGCUGAAGUGGAUUGAAGUGAAAGCCAAGGCCAAGAAGCUGCAGAGACAGCCCAGCCAGCUGGAACUGUUCUACUGCCUGUAUGAGAUGCAGGAAGAAGACUUUGUGCAGAGGGCCAUGGACCACUUUCCCAAAAUUGAGAUCAACCUCUCUACCAGAAUGGACCAUGUGGUGUCCUCCUUUUGUAUCAAGAACUGUCACCGGGUGAAAACGCUUUCCCUGGGGUUUCUCCACAACUCCUCCAAGGAAGAAGAAGAAGAGAAGGGAGAAAGUCAACACUUGGCCCAGGACCAGGGUGUUUUCCCAGAGCCCCACACUGCCUGUUCUUCCAGAUUGGAGAGCUGCUAUCUCACGUCUAGCUUCUGCCGAGGCCUCUUCUCCAGUCUAAGCACCAACCAGAACCUCACAGAACUGGACCUCAGUGACAAUACCCUGGGGGAUGCGGGCAUGAGGGUGCUGUGUGAGGCACUCCAGCUUCCAGGCUGUAACAUUCAGAGACUGUGGUUGGGCCGCUGUGGACUUACCCAUCAAUGCUGUUUCGACAUCUCCUCUGUCCUGAGCAGCAGCCAGAAGCUGGUGGAGCUGGAUCUGAGCGACAACGCCCUGGGGGACUUUGGAGUCAGACUUCUGUGUGCGGGACUGAAGCACCCAUUCUGCGACCUGCAGGAACUCUGGUUGGUCAGCUGCUGUCUCACAUCUGCGUGUUGUCGGGAUCUCGCAUUGGCUCUGAGCUCCAACCGUUCUCUGACCAGACUGUACAUCGGAGAAAAUGCCUUGGGAGAUUUAGGAGUUCAAGUUUUGUGUGAAAAAAUCAAGCACCCACAGUGUAACUUGCAGAAGCUGGGGUUGGUGAACUCCGGCCUUACUUCCAUUGGUUGUUCGGCUCUGACCUCUGUGCUCAAAGCCAGCCGGAACCUCACACACCUCUACCUGCGAAACAAUGCUCUCGGAGACUCGGGGCUCAAACUCCUCUGUGAGGGACUUCUGCACCCCAACUGCAAGCUGCAGAUGCUGGAAUUAGACAACUGCAGCCUCACCUCACACUGCUGUUGGAAUCUCUCCACAAUGCUGACCCGCAACCGGAGCCUUCGGAAGCUGAACCUGGGCAACAAUGACUUGGGCGACCUGGGUGUGAUGAUGCUCUGUGAAGUUCUGAAACAGCAGGGCUGCCUUCUGCAGAACCUACAGUUGUGUGAAAUGUAUUUUAAUUAUGAAACAAAACAUGCCUUAGAAGCGCUUCAGGAAGAAAAGCCUGAGCUGACUAUUGUCUUUGAGCCUUCUUGGUAGGCUUGGAAACAGGACUGUCAGGUGCCAAGGCCGGCUCCGUGCCCCAGAGCAUCCCAUCCUUCAUGGUUAUGAACCUUCCUCCUCCACCAUCAGGACCACAGCCAGGCUUGUUCCAGUGCAGGGUCUGGAGCAAAGGCUCAUGUGGGGAGCCGAGCAUGUUUUCCCCAGGGAAGACUUCGAUAAUGUGAAACUGCUGGAGGAUGCAGUUCCCAUCACGUCCUCAGUCUGAAAGGUGUUCCAUCUUGGUGACCUUCUGGAACCAACUUAUAGAACAUUUUCUAUAAAUUGUCCUUUUCUCCUCCAAUGCUGUUUUUUUUUUUUUUUUAAAUCUCCCCUUCCCUCCCUCUUCCCCCUCAUUUUCUUCACAUUUGCUCACAUCAUUGUUUUUGUUUUUCUGUUAACUGACCGUACCGUAUAAGCAGCUGGCUGUGUGCUGAAUGGCAGGUUUGUGGUAGCCACUUAGCCACUCAUUUGUUUUUAUUUUUAUAGUUAUGUCUUUUUGUUUAGCUACCUGAAAACCCAGAGAUUUAUAAAAAUCUAUUUUUAUAUUUAUUGUAUGUAUGUACUGCUUUUUUAAAUUUAAAAAUAUAUCUGGAAUUCUUUUAAGUUAUUUGUUCAAACUAUU